UUAAGCCGUCAUCAGCCCUCUCGAGACCCAUCCAAGAUGCUGAAACACGUGCAGAUCUCGCCGAUGCGCAGCCGAGCGGAUUCGCUCUCGAUGCGUUCGUCCACGUCCUGCGCGUCGUCCUUGUGCGGUAGCCCGGAACCACCCGGUGACCAGCUGCGCAGCCACUCGCGAGCCUCCAGCUACUCGAGUCUCAACGAGACCAUCCCCCAGACGACAAUCAAAAUCUACACGGCAUGCCUGCGUCAGGACAUCGAGUACAAAACGCUCGGCAUCUCGUACGACGCCACGAGCAAGAGCGUCGUGCAGCAGGUCCUUCGAAGAUGCAAGAUGCGCCAUCGGGACCCACGAUUGUUCUACCUCACAAUGGAGGUCACCGUACGUCGACCAGGCGUUAAAUCGGUGCUGGAACUGGACGAUGAAGCGCGACCUGCGCUUCUACAAGCAUGCCACCCGAAAGGUGACUCCAGGUUCUGUCUGCAGCAGAAACCCGGUGGUCUGAUACGGGUCCACACGUCAGCCCUCCAACCCAACUCCCAGUACAAAUCGUUGCUCAUCUCAGAAGAGACGACCUCUGACGAACUGUUGUCGCUGCUUCUCUCCUGCUACAACUCCAUCGAACCCGUCGAGCAAUUCUCGCUGUAUGAGGUGUGUCCGGGUCAGGAAUACCAACGCAAGCUCCAUCCGGAUGAUCUCCCACUCAAGACGCAGCUCCAGCGUCAGCAGAAAGGUGAACUGAUGCACUUUCUGGUGCGUCGUAAUCCGAACUAUCCCCGACGUCGGCAGUUGCUUGCAACCAUCGCCGAAUCGAAACACUUUAUCCUGAACGCUUCGCUCGAUUCGAGUGCUCCUGGUGUCCCGGUGGCAGGUGUUCAAUUGCACCAUCAUCACCAUCAUCACCAUCAUCACCGAUUGUCGCUGCAUUCGGGAAGCUUUUCGCUUGGAGCGUCACCAGCCACACCGACCAACACCUUCAUCUCGGACAUCGUGGAUGGGUUGAGCUCACUGAACGACCUACCGGUGGCUGAAGCGAAGAGUCUGCGAUUGACAGAACGUGCCUCGUUGGACGAUUCGAUCACCUCGAGUGACUCCGCUGAAUCAUCGUCCUCAUCAUCGUCCUCGUCGUCUUCCUGCUCGUUUUCCUCGCUCUCGUCGGAUUCUUCCUUCGAGGAGCCAGACGCGAAGUCCCUCGGCUCGGACGAAGUCGAUGGCGUACCACUUUUGACUCUACGUCAUCAGGUUACGGCCGCACCAGCACCACCACCGGAAGUGAAGUGCAAAAACAGUGCCCAACAUCAGCAACCUCCACCUCGGCCAGCUAAAUCCUCCAGCAUGUUGGCAGCUCUUGGGAGACCCUCGUUGUUGCCAGCUUCAACGUUGGCCGCACCCUCGUACAAUCCGGUGUACAACAUCCGUGAGAUUCGCUCCGUCAGCCAGUCCUUUUCUGCGCUUCGGCUUGACCAGAAGCUAGCCGAUGUACGAGGCACGCUUGUCGGGAAACGCACAUCACUCGCGGAACCACCCGAGAGUGGCCAACGCACUGGCAACCUCAUGAAGGAGAUGGUCAACACCGAUCCGUCGAAGGGUGUUGGUAACUUUGUCUACAUUUAG